ACACUUGAGGAAGAAGAAGAAGAACAAAUGGAAGCUGAGACAGAAGUUGAGGAGCCCGUGCAAGUUGAAAGGCAGAAACAAGGAAGAGGAAAUAAGGAACAAGAGCAUAAGAAGAAUGAAGAGAAAAGAAAAGAUGAAGCGUAUGAGAAAGCUAAGGAGAAAUUUCAAGAUGAAGAUGGUUCCAAACUCGAUAAGUUAAUCCAAAUACUUUAUGAUUUGAAUAAACGAGUAAAAGUAAUCGAGAAUGUCUUAGGAUUGGUACCUGGCAGUUAUGAGAGUCCAUGCAACUAUGAUGAUACAAAAGGUGCACCAAAUGAUGAAAAUGAAGAAGAAGAAAAUUCUGGUGGUAAAAGAAAUGCAACAGAUGAUGAAAAUGAUGAUGAAGAAAUUUCUGAUACACAACAACUGAUGGAAGUGAAUAUUCUUGGGGAAAAUGAGAAUACAGAGAAAUCACUUCAGACGAAGACACUGAAAAAAGUGAAGAAAAAAGAUGCAUGAAAAAAAGUCAAAGAUGACGUCGUCUACUCCAACAUUCACUACUCCAAACUUUGAUAUAAGGGUAUAAAAUUUAAUAUAUUUGAUAAGGCCUUGUAAAUUUUAAUGUAUAAAGCUUAAACUUAUAGUUGCUAAAUAAUUUGUUUACAGAUUA